AUGGUAACCCCCCGGCCACGAUCUGUACGUGGUGGGGCUGCACAACUGCAUCGACGUCAACGUGGCCGAGCAAGCAAUCGUCCGGUAUCUCCAACGCAUAUCGCAGUUUGCCGACUUUCAAGCGGUGGCGAUCACCCACAGCCGCCGCCUUUUGCCGUCCAUGGAGGGCUCCAGCUUGUGUUUGCCAAAGCGGCAGACAUUGCUCUAGGCAACGUCGCUGUCGACGAGGUAUGUACUGGUCUCUCUGACAUUAUUGUAGUGACCAAACAAACCAAGCAACCGCGGCAGACAGAUUCGAGUGAUUGGGAUGUUAAAAUUAUACUGUGA